AAAAGUAAACGAGCUGUAGGCCCCAAGUUUUCAGGCUUUAAUGAGCCAAUCUUCAUGUCACAUGUAAACAGUUUAAUGAGGUCCAAAGAGAGAAGCAGCUGGAUAAAAACUUUGACAGACUCAGACAGCUCACUUUAAGGUAAGCACACUAACAGACGCUGUAUUUCUGUGAGGCAACACUAGUUAGAUUCUGGUUAUCGUGUUGUUGAAAAUUUCAAUGGAUAAAAUGAAUAAUGAACUAUCUGCAACGUAUAUUACUUUGGGUGGACACGUACAUUUGCAGAAAUACAGAUUUCUGUACUUUGUGAUCAUGUUUACUGCAUUUGUUCUAAUAAUCUGCAGUAACUCAACCAUCUUGUGUCUCAUCUGGAUCCAAAAAAGCCUCCAUGAGCCUAUGUACAUUUUUAUUGCAGCAUUGCUGUGCAACUCACUUCUUUUCAGCACCAACGUUUAUCCAAAACUUCUGAUUGAUUUUUUAUCUGACAUGCAGAUUACAACUUAUUUAUCAUGUAGGAUGCAGGGUUUGAUGUAUUAUUCUUUAAGUGGUUCUGAGUUUCUCCUUUUGGCAGCCAUGGCCUACGACAGGCACGUCUCUAUUUGUAAUCCUCUGCAAUAUCAAACUGUUAUGAGCAAAACAACUGUGACUACUUUGCUGGUUUUAGCUUGGCUUUUGCCACCCUGUCAGCUUGUACCAGCACUUAUAUUAGGUAAUAGUUCCAAACUCUGUAAUUAUACUUUGAAUGGACUUUUUUGCAAUAAUGCGGUUACCAAGCUUUACUGUUUGGGCCAAUCAGGGCCCUAUAUUCUAUAUGGUGUGACUAUUUUAAUGACUACUGUAUUUAUUCCUUUGAUGUUCAUACUUUUUACCUACAGUAAAAUACUCAUUAUAUCCUAUAGAAGGGGCUCACAUGUCAGGAAAAAAGCUUUGCAGACCUGUGCCCCACACCUGCUGGUUCUACUCAGUUUUUCAUGUUUGUGUUCAUAUGAUGUUAUAAUAGCCCGACUGGAAAUUGAUUUACCCAUAACUGCAUAUUCAAUAAUGACUUUACAGGUGGUUUUGUAUCAUCCUCUUCUUAAUCCAAUAAUCUAUGGUCUAAAGAUGGCUGAAAUCCAUAAACACCUCAAGAGGCUUUUCAGUCGAGGCAGAUUUUGUGUAUGUAUUUUACUGAGAUAAUUGACACAUUCAGGUUGCAAUAUGAAUUUAUGAUAUAUGCUUCCUAAAAUAGAUUACAGCCAGAGGUCUAAUGUCUCAUUAGUGUAAUGACAAAUCUAUAAAAAAAUGUUUUACUUUAUUAGUAUUAUAGGGUUUCUAAGAAUCAAACAAAAAAUAAAUUUUUCUGUUCACUGUUUAUCAAAAACCAGCUCUUGUAAUCAGCUCUCUUCUUUUCAUUGUAAAUCAUAAAUAUGUUAUCAUGUUUUCUUGUAUUUUUAUAGUUAGACAUAAUUCUAUUAAACUGGAGCGUAAUAUUAGUUACAAUUUUUGAUACAUAAUGUAAAAGCAGAAUUAUUCCACAGCAUAUGUAUACUAUACUCACAUAGUUACGGCACUAUGACAUUCCAUAGCUUG